AUGGACACGAAUGGAGACUGCUUCUGCGUUGACUUAGGUCAUCGUGGCCAUAUGACCGGAGAGAUGUGGAAGAACAAGCCGCCCUUCCGCCUCUGGCUGAACAAGGACCUCGCGAAGGACAUGGGCGUCCCACUGCAGACGACUGUUGGCACGCGCCAGAAGCACUUCGGGGGAACAAAGAAGCACCAAGACUACACGGGGCAAAGCAUAGCUGAUGUGUGCUUGCCAGAUCCUGGGUUGUGGAUCUGCGUCAGCGCUGCUACUGGGUGCUGGUUGUGGGAGCCAGCUCCAGUUGGAGUUGUGACCUUCUUCGCAGGGCAGCCAAGUGAUAGCCCUGGCAACAGCUGCGGCGAUCUUUGCGGCCACGCCUUCCCUGCUCUACCUGAGGUGGUCGUCAUGAAGAAUGGUGCUCAGCUUGAUGAUGCCAAGGACGACAUCGGCGACACUUGGACUUGGAAAGCUGCCGGCGCCUCUAUCAUCAAGGGGCUGAUGCUCGCUAUGAGCGUCCCGCCAGGUUAUGGUUAUGGUCCUUUGGCUACGCGUGCUGAUGCAAGCGUUCUGCUUUCCUCUCUAGGCUUUAUGGAGCUAGAAGUCGUGGAACAGACUGAAGAUGAUGUUGCCGCGGAUCCCGGGCCUGCCGGCGAUCUGAUGCAGCUGGGCCACCGGCAAGAAGCGAAGCCACCGACAACUUCAUGCCUUCGUGCGUGUGCCAUCAGCUGCUUCAAGGAGGAGCGUGAGAAGUACCUGGAACUUUGGGUAGGGCAAGGCCGCCCUGACGUUCGGGAUAAGUCCCAAAACGAUGAGACAGCCUUUACUGAUUCCAUCGCUGAAGCUUCCAUGUCCGCAGCGCAUGCAAGGGCUGCAAAGGCUUUGGAGCUACUUGCAUUUUGCUCUGCUGAGAAUGUACGUGCGUGGGUUGGCUCAACAUCUGGCGAAGUCUACCUCUUCAAUGCUACGGGAGCUGAUAGGUGCGUCUGUUUGUGGUUUCAUUCAGCUCAUUACGAGUACAGCGCUGAUGCUGUUGAAGUUGAGUGGCAUGCACGCAAGGUUGCCCGGGAUGAGGUGGGAGGUCUUAAGCCGCCCACAUUGUGUGAAGGUGUCUUGCUGGGAUUGAAUCCGGCCAUCGUGGCCCAGACCCGGCUUUUGGUAGGCUCGGCUGACCCUCCUGAGGCUCCUGUUCCUGAGGAGUGGACUUGUGAUGUGCCUGGUUGCACCUUCGUGGUGCAAGGGACGCGAGCCCACGAGAAAGAUCCGGAAGGCGGCCCUUUCCCGGCGUACCCGUCGGGCAAGACCUGGGAUGAGCCGAGUGGCAAGACUGGCAGCGGCAAGAAGUUCUUCCACAACAUCAUCGAUGGCUCCAAGGUUCCCACAGAGCCUUUCUACGUGGCCAUCAUCACCCCGGUGAUCCACUACUGCAUGGGAGGCCUGGAGUGCACCACAGAGGCGGAGUGCAUUGACAAGUCCGGGAAGCCGAUCCCGGGUCUUUACGUGGCUGGCGAGGCAGCUGGAGGAAUCCACGGCAACAAUCGGCUCGGUGGCAACUCUUUGUUGGAUUGCGUGGUCUUCGGCCGCGUCGCCGGUAAGGCGGCCUGCAAGUACACGUUUGGAGCGGCAGACAAGUUUAAGCCGUGCCCCACUCCUGGUGAGAUCAAAGACCUCACAAAGUGA